CACAAUGGGGCUACAAAACGUGUUUGCUAUUUUAUUGGUGUUUCAUCUGUGCUUGGAAAGUCAGAACUCAAUGGUCAAGCUAAACAAUGGUGGAUAUGAGGACAUUGUUAUUGCUAUAAAUCCAGGACUAACUGAAGAUAUUAAAAUUAUUGAAAAUAUUAAGGAUAUGGUGAGCGAAGCAACACAAUAUUUAUUUAAUGCUACAAAGAAUAGACUUUUUAUAAGGAGUGCAAAGAUUUUAAUCCCACUACACUGGUCAUCAUCAACAAACUAUUUAAAACCAACAACAGAAACAUAUGAUGGGGCAGAUGUUAUUAUUGCAAAUCCUUAUCUCAAGUAUGGAGAUGACCCAUAUACGUUACAAUAUGGGAAGUGUGGAGAACCAGGGAAAUAUAUACAUCUCACUCCUAAUUUUUUGAAAAAUGAUACACUGCUUGAUGUGUAUGGACCUCGAGGUAGAGUAUUUGUUCAUGAAUGGGCUCACCUUCGGUGGGGAGUUUUCGAUGAAUACAGCACAGAGACACCAUAUUACAUUCAUAGAGAAAAAGUAGAAGCUACGAGGUGUUCAGCAGACAUUUUUGGUGUUAAUGUAAAGUGCGGUGGAGAUUCCUGUGCAAUAGAAGCUUGCAAUUUUGACAAAACCACUGGUCUUUACGAAGAAGGGUGUUUUUUCGUGUAUGAUAAAGAGCAGUUUGUUAGUGAAUCCAUAAUGUAUUUACAGUCACUACCUACUGUAUCCCAAUUUUGUGAUGACAGCAACCAUAACAUCCAUGCUCCUAACUUACAAAACAAACUGUGUGACUAUCAAAGCACCUGGGAUGUUGUCAAAAACUCUGAUGAUAUAAAGAAUACUUCUCCAGUCGGAAAUGUUAUUAUUCCUGAACCUAUGUUCUCACUGCUUCAAUAUAAAGAAAGAGUUAUAACAUUAGUACUUGAUGUCUCUGGAAGCAUGUCCUCUUAUGGUCGGAUUGGAAGGUUAUACCAGGCAGCAGAAAUAUUCCUUAUUCAGAUAAUUGAAACAAAUUCAUAUGUUGGGAUUGUCGAGUUCCAUACUACUCCAAAUAUCAAAUCACAUUUAGUGCAAAUAAUCGGUGAUGAGCAGCGUCAGGAAUUAAAGGCUCUUCUUCCACAGAAAGCAUCGGGAUAUACUUAUAUCUGCGAUGGAAUGACGUCUGGUAUUAAGGUUAACAAAGAGUUGGAUGGAUCAACAGCUGGUACUGAGUUAGUAUUGCUCUCAGAUGGGGAAGCCACUGAUGAUACUAGCCGAUGUGCCUCUGAAAUUCUAGCAAGUGGAGCAAUUCUUCAUCUAAUAGCUCUGGGACCAAGUGCAUCAGAAGCAUUAAAAGGCAUUGUGAAAGAGACAGGAGGAUUACAUUUUGUAGCAUCAGAUGCUGUGGACUCUCAAGGACUGAUUGAUGCUUUCAGUAGUCUUUCAGCAGCAAAUGGGGAUAUUACUCACCAGUCUAUUCAGCUGGAGAGUAUGAGUUCAAACCUUAAGAAAUCAGAAUGCCUGAAUGGCACAGUUUUCAUUGACAGCACGGUUGGAAAUGAAACAUUUUUCCUUGUUACUUGGCAAACGGCAGUUCCAUCUAUUAAUUUACAAAACCCAAAGGGGGGAAAAUACAACGAAAACCAUUUCAGCAGUGACACUUCUUCCAAAUCAUCUAGAUUACAGGUUCCAGGGACAGCAGAGAGAGGACCUUGGAUAUAUAAUCUCUGUAAUAGGCAGACAAGAGCUGAAGCCAUAGGUAUAACUGUGAACUCCAAAGCGGCCAAUAUAAACAUUCCUCCAAUCACUGUAAAUGCCCACAUGGAUAAGGACACAAACAACCCCCCUAAUCCAAUGAUUAUCUAUGCAUCAGUAAGUCAGGGAUUAAUGCCUGUGAAAGGAGCAAAGGUCACAGCAAUUAUUGAAUCAGCAACUGGAAGAGUUUCAACUGUAGAACUUCUUGACAAUGGAGCAGGUGCUGACAUUGUGAAAAACGAUGGUGUCUACUCAAGGUAUUUUACAGAUUUCACAGAUAAAGGCAGAUACAGCUUAAAAGUGCGCGUUGAAAGUGAUGAGAAUAAAAGUCGGUUGGUUGUGCCAAAGAAUCGUGCUCUUUAUGUUCCAGGUUAUAUAGAAAAUGGUACGAUCCACAUGAAUCCUACAAGACCAGAAGUUAAAGAUGAAGAUCUUAGUCUAGGAGCUUUCAGCAGGACAUCUUCUGGUGGCUCUUUUAUUUUAGAAAGUGCACCCUCCAGUAGCCAGCCUGAUGUUUAUAAACCUGAAAAAAUAACGGAUUUGGAGGCAAAUAUAGAAGACCAAAUGAUUACAUUGACCUGGACAGCAACUGGUGAUGAUCUGGACAAAGGGAAUGCUUCACGUUAUGAUUUAAGAAUGAGCACUGAUCUUAAAGGUCUAAGAGAAAACUUUAUUAAUGCUACUCAAGUUAACAUCUCCAGUUUGAUUCCACAAGAAGCUGGAUUCAUUGAAACAUUCCGCUUUGCACCUGAAAAUGUUGUCAUAGAGAAUGGAACUGUACUCUUUUUUGCAAUAGUUGCUAUUGAUAAGGUUUCCCAAAAAUCAGACCCAUCAAAUAUAGCACAAGCUGCUCUCUUUGUUCCUCCUACACCAGCUCCAACAGAAGCUACCACUACAAAACCAACCCUCACCCACCCAAACACAAAUGAUUCUAAUUCACUGAACAUAACAUACAUGACACUUAUAGUUUGUUCUGCAGCCAUUAUCAUUAGUAUUAUAAUAAGCAUUACUCUCUGCAUUGUCAGCUGUCUGAAAAAAAGAAAAGAUCCAGAACUAAGAUUGUAA